GGCUCGUUACGCUCUUCAGAAUUCGACAUAUCUGAAUCCACUCCACUUCUGCUACAAGCGGCCACUGCUACAAUACGGGCUAUCUGAUUUUGGUAUGCCUUCGAGGGUUCCCGAUUGGAGACUUAUGGGUCCAAUACCGGAGAUGAAGGCAGACGAAGCAACCAUUUUCCCACUGCUCGAACCGCCACUAAGGGUGGUUCAGCGACUAAUCAGCAAUGCAGCCACCACAGCUGUGUUUUGCUGCCGAUAAGAAGUUGAUAGUCCGCGGAUUCCGGUUGGAUACUGUGUCGUAUGUUUGCAACAGUAACUACUUGGUUUUCGCCGUGGAACCACAUUUCGAGUGCGGUUUCAAAUUUGCAGCCGUUUUUGAGGCUCAUAUGAAUAAACAGGAACCAUACCCAAGUGGCGAAGGUAAUUUGCAAGUUUUCGCACGAGUCUUAGUUAUGGAUAAUAGAACCAUCUCUUCUCACCCCUUUCUCGGCAGAAGCACAGGCCGCGAGGUACUUCAUGAUGCCUUUUUGAAACGGGGUUCUUGGAUUCUCGCGAUGGGGCUAGAUCCACUAAGCGGACUGAGGGCUACUUGUGUCUUGCCCGAGUCGGGCAAUGAGAUAUCGUUGCACUACCACAUGGCCUUGGGAUCGGUAUCGAAAGGGAGGUCGUUGUUUGUGGCAAAGACUGGCUAUAUUGGCCUGAGACCCUCCGGCGUCCGGGAAGGUGACCAGGUGUGUGUGCUCUUUGGGGCGCAGACGCCAUUCAUCAUUCGACCCCAAACAAUGCCUAUGAAUUGAUGGAGGAUUGCUAUCUCCAUGGUGUCCUGGAUGGCGAGAUACGGCAUCUGAGAAGUACCUGCAAAGACUUUUGCAUAAUUUAAAAACUCGUUGAUUUGCGAGUAUAGAGCCACAAUUUCAAUUCCUUACCGAAGACUCACCAGCUAGAAACAAUACAUGAAACAGAGAUGUGGACGGCACUCGCGAUAACAAACACUGGAACCACUGAGAAGGUAA